GGGUGCAUCGAUGAUAGCAAAUCAUUCCGAACGCGACCAUUUCAGAGUCUUAAUCGUGAAAGAAGCGAUAUAGUGAAAGAAUUAUACAAGUGCCAAAAACAUAAAUUAAAAAAAUGCGUGCUUUUAUAGUCCUGUGUAUAUUAGCCUCUGCCUACGCCGAUAAAUUAGGCUACAACUAUCGUCCUGUUGGUCACUCUGAUAGCGGCCUCUCAUUUGCGCCCGGUGGUGGCGCAGGUGGCCUAAGCGGCAGCGGUGGUGUUGGUCCUGCUGUAUCUGCACCUGUAUAUCAGACACCAGUUGCUGAAUACGAAAAGGAAUUUUACACAUAUACUGCCGAUGAGAACGAGUUCAGCGAACCAGCUGACAAUGGUCGAGUAGUUGAAUCAUUGAAGAAAAAUUUGCGUGUCAUCUUCAUCAAGGGACCUGAAGGCAAUGGCUUGGAAAAAGCUGCCACCAAUCUCGCAAGACACGCUGGAGAAGAGAAGACCGCUAUUUAUGUGCUGCAGAAACAAGCUGACUUGGGCGAUUUGGCUAACCAAUUGCAGGCUCAAAACGAUGUGCAACGCAGUAAACCCGAAGUACACUUCGUCAAAUACCGCACACCCGAGGAUGCGGCUAACGCUCAACGUGCCAUUCAAUCGCAAUACGAUCAAUUUGGCGGCAAUUCUCAAAGCUAUAAUGGCGGUGAUGCUCCAGUACACAACUUUGCUUCUCCAGCUGCUCGACCAGCUCCACGUACAGUUAGCACACCCGGUGCUGCUUAUCUGCCUUCAUCGAUUUUUCGCGUCUAAAGAUUAUAGGCAAGCCCGGUAGGGAAACUGAGAUCGACUCUGAAAUAUUGUUAUACAUAGACUGAUGAUCCUUGUUAAUUGUUGUUAUCUACUGUUAAUAAACUUUUUACUUAGUAUUG